GUUUUAUUAUAAAGCAAAUUAACGCUCAGAUCAGCUUUGAUUAUGUGAGUUUGACUCUGUUUUAGUUUUCUUGUUAAGUCGUUUCUCGUCAUACACUCGUUUUAAACACAAGUGAGUUAAAAUGACCCAAGAUUUCGCCAAAGAUCUGACAGGAGGUCAAGUUUUCAUUAGCUUUUUGAAAUUGACCAAACUUGACCCAUACCUUUUCUUGCAAGUCUUUGCUAUUGUUAUGCAAGGUGUUACCAUAACUCAAUUAGCAGAGGACAAGAUGUGCAUCAAUCAACUUCAUUUUCCCAAAGAGUAUUGUUUAACCCUGAAUUCAAAUCACAGUGAAAACGCGGAGACCACAAGUACAUCAAUAUUGGUUCAUGCAAAUUCACUGAAAAACUGGCAAACUGCAAUCGAAACGGUUCCAUCCACAAUUGUCGCUCUAUUCCUUAGCUAUUGGCUUGAAAAGUAUCCUCAUUACUUGAAGGCAAUCAUGCUUCUACCGAAUCUGGGCGCCAUUCUUUCGAUCUCGAUUCUCUUGGCCAAUGCUUUUCUCUUCAAAGUCUCUUCGUGGGCCAUCCUUUUAGCUAGUGUACCUUCUGGUUUCUCUGGAAGCAUUACUCUGUUAACCAGUUCAUUUUACACUUACGUUUCCUGGUCAACUCCAACUAGGUUUCUGGUUGUGAGAUUUGCUUUGAUGGAGUUAUUCACCAGUACUGGAGUACUUUGUGGUACAUAUUUUGGUGGAAAAGUCCUAGCAAUGAAACCCUGGAUUCACGGUCAACCCGAAAACUAUUUAGGAGUUUUGUUUGUUUCAUUGGCUUUGUUGGUUAUCGCAUUCAUUUGGGGUUUGUUUGUAACUCUUGAAGGUGUUCCCGAUACUGCUGAACAUUUGGCUAAUCGAAGUCACAGAGAAGUCGUUAAAGACGUUUUUCAACUGUCAAGAUUUAAGGAGCUAGCUAAACCAUUGACAGUUAAAAGAUCAGGACGAGACAAAACCAAAUUAAUAAUGGCAGUAAUAAGUGGACUUAUCAUUUGGAGUGUAAUGGGAGGCGAUAAUACAAUAAGCUUCCAAUUUUCUCAGAAAGUGUAUGGUUGGAGUGCUGAAAAGUUCACGACGCUAUCGACUUACUUCAAUAUCGUGCCUGCUUUGUUGAGUGUUAUUGUGCCUCAACUACUUAAAUGUAUGUCGGUUAGGGACUCAGCCGUUGGUUUAAUUGGUGCACUCUCAGUCAUUUCUAUGAGUGGAAUCAAAGGAAUUGUUACUAAUGAUGUUGGAUUUGCAAUGGCCUACUCUUUUGGAGGCCUUGGCUCAUUAGCUUCUAUUGCCAACCGAGCUCUUGUUUCCCAAAUAGUCGAUCCAGAAGAAACUGCCAAAAUUUUCGCCAUAAUCUCAUCCGCCAAUUCAUAUGCCUCAAUUGCAGCGGCCUACAUUUACACUCAUGUCUAUAGUGCCACAAUAGACUUCCAUCCAGGACUAAUUUAUAACAUUGCCGCAUUACUCGCACUCAUUCCAGCGAUUAAUUUCCUUGUCAAUGACAUAGCAGCAGUAAUCAAAAAACGGGAAGAACGAAAACAAAAGCAAGUCGAUGUUAAUAACAAUACCAUUUCACUGACCGUAAUUCACUAAAACCACAA